UAAACCCUCGUCUCCUUCCGCCGCACCGGAGCCGCCGCGGGAGAUGUCGCUCUCCAAGCCGCUCGCCGCGCGCCGCCUCGUGCCGGCGCUCUUCCCGCUGGCCCACGCGGACGCCGCCUCGGCCGCGGCCUCCCGCCGCGCCCGCCGCCGGGGCGCGUUCGUCGCGACGCCCCCGGCCCCGCCGCCCUCCCCGAGCUCCGUGCGCCUCGCGGAGCCGCUCCCCUCGCUCGCCCCCUCCCGCCUCGCGCUCCACAACCGCGUCCUCGCGCUCCUCUCCCCCGACCUCGACGAGGCCGCGCUGCUCACCCGCCACGCGCUCCACUCCAACUGCCGCCCCUCCUCCUUCACCUGCGUCGCCGUCCUCGCCGCGCUCCUCCGCGCGCGCCGCCUCGACGACUUCUUCGCGCUCCACCGCUUCGCCCUCCAGGCCGCCGUCCCGCCCACCGCCGCCACCCACGCGCUCUACCUCUCCGCCCUCGCCGCCCGCCGCCUCCCCGACGCCGCGCUCCUCCACCUCCGCCUCAUCGCCCGCCCCGGAUCCCCCGUGCCCCCCUCCCCGACCGCCUACCGGGCCGUCGUCAGGUGCCUCGUCGCGGACCACGGCCGCCUCGCGGACGCCGUCGCGCUCAAGGACGAGAUGCUCGCCUCCGGGUUCGUCGGGCCCGAUCCCCAUGUCUACAGCCUCCUCAUGGCUGGGUUUGUGGAAGCCGGGGAUGGGGCCAAAGCAGUGGAGCUGCACCAAGAACUGCAGGACAAGCUUGGCGGCGAGCCGGUCCUCGAUGGCAUCGUGUACGGGAGCCUCAUGAAGGCCUACUUCCUUAUGGGAAUGGAGGAGAAGGCCAUGGAUUGCUACAAAGAGGUCUUCGCUCCGGAAUCGGAGGUGAGGUUCGGGACCGAGAGCUAUAAUGAGGUGCUCGAUGCGCUUGGGAAGAACCAAAGGUUAGAGGAUGCACUUAACCUGUUCGACAGAAUGCUUGGGGAGCAUGACCCUCCACUGAGGAUUACGGUUGAUGUGAGAAGCUUCAGCGUGAUGGUGGAUGCCUACUGUGCUGCUGGAAGGUUUGAGGAUGCGAUUGCGGUGUUCCGGAGGAUGGGAGAGUAUAAGGUGGUACCGGAUGUAGCAGCUUACAACAAUCUGAUUCGGCAUCUCGGGCUUAAUCAGUUGGUCGAUGAAGCAGAGGUGAUCCACAAGGAGAUGGGCGAGCAUAGUCUUGCUGCUGAUGAGGAGACAUGUGUGCUGCUCAUGGAGGCCUGCUUUAGGGCUGAUCGCGUCGACGAUGGUAUCAGUUACUUCGACAGAAUGGCUGAGCUGGAGUUGAAGCCUGAUGCGUCUGCAUAUCAUAGGAUUGUCGAUGGCUUGGUCGGUUUAAGCUUGCUUGACAAGGCUCAGGAGUACUUUGAUCAGAUGAGGGAGAAGGAAAUUCACCCAAGCAUUGCAACCUACGAGACACUGCUAAAGGCGUAUGUUGGCGUUGGCGCGACACGGUUGGAUGAUGCAGCCAAGGUAGCAAAGUGUGUCCUUUUGGAUGAGAAUGUGGUUUUCAGUGAUGUGAUGAGGGAGCUUCUGGAAGGCGCGCUCCGUGGAGAGGGCAGGGAAGAUGACAUGGCAAAGCUGUAUGAAGACGUGGAGAGGGAGAAGGCCGAAGCAGUUCUGCGGGCGGAAGAAGAGAAGACGAGGGCAGAGGCACUUGCCAGGGAAGAAAGGGCGGCGAGGAGGGCAGAGGCUGCUGCUAAGGACGAGGCUGCGGCGAAAGCUAGUGCUGCUGCCAUUGAGGCUAUCAUUGGCCAUAGAAGGAAAACUGAAGGUGAGACAGCAGAACCUGCAUCUACUCCAAACGCUCUCGACGGCGGGCUUCUCAGCAGGCUUGGCCUCAGUUCACCUGGACAAGGUGCGCCUCAAGACACUCCAAUAAUAAGUACCGAAACAAAAGGAGAUGGGCAGGAGCAAUUUUGAUGGCCAUGAGCCAUCUUGUCCUGCAUUUGCUCUGAGCACUAGUCAUGCAUUUUUGUAUCGAUUCUAGGAGCAUCAAUCUGUAUGAUCUCUGAUGGCUAUAAAGGUUUCGAAUUUCAACCAUAUCUCCGGUUGAGACCUUGUGUAACUGUGAUUGAUGCAUAGCAAUAGAGCGAUAACCACGAGAUCUUGAUGAA